AUGGCUUCUAUGUUUUCAGAGGAGGAUUUCUCCUGUCCUGUGUGCGGUGAAAUCUUCAAGGAUCCUGUUGUUCUGCACUGCAGUCACAGUGUGUGUAAAGUGUGUUUGCAGCUGUCCUGGGAAACCAAAGGAUCCAGAGAAUGUCCUGUUUGUAGGAGGAAGUCAUCUGUUCAUGAACCUCCCAUAAACCUGGCCUUAAAGAACCUGUGUGAGAUUUUCUUACAGGAGAGAAGUCAGAGAUCUUUAUCAGGGUCUGAAACAGUCUGCCGUCUGCACAGUGAGAAACUCAAACUCUUCUGUCUGGAUCAUCAACAGCCGGUGUGUGUGGUGUGUCAGACUUCAAGAAAACACACCAACCACAAAUUCUGCCCCAUUGAUGAGGCAGUAACAGACUGUAAGGGGGAGCUCAAAACUGCCCUGAAGCCCCUACAGGAGAAACUGAAGAUCUUUACAGACUGUAAACUGAACUGGAGUCAGACUGCAGAAUAUAUAAAGAUUCAGACCCAGCACACAGAGCAUCAGAUUAAGGAGGAGUUUGAGAAGCUUCACCAGUUUCUACGAAAUGAAGAGGCAGUCAGGAUCACUGCACUGAGCGAGGAAGAGGAGCAGAAGAGUCAGUUGAUGAAGGAGAAGAUUGAGAAGCUGAGCAAAGAUAUAUCAUCUCUUUCAGACAAAAUCAGAGUCAUAGAAGAGGAGAUGAGAGCUGAAAAUGUCUCACUGUUACAGAACCACAAGGACACAGUGAAAAGAGCCCAGAGCACACUGCAACAUCCAGAGGAGCUUUCAGGAGCACUGAUCCAUGUGGCAAAAUAUCUGGCAAACCUGAAGUUCAGAGUCUGGGAGAAGAUGCAGGACGCUGUCCAAUAUACACCUGUAACUCUGGAUCCCAACACUGUUCAUCCUCAACUCAUUGUAUCUGCUGAUCUGUCCAGUGUGAGAGAUGUUGAUGAGAAACAGAAACUUCCUGAUAAUCCAGAGAGAUUUGAUAAAUAUUGGUGUAUCCUGGGCUCUGAGGGCUUUAACUCAGGGACACACUGCUGGAAUGUUGAAGUUGGAGAUGGUACAUACUGGAUUGUGGGUGUGAUGACAGCAUCUGUUCAGAGGAAGGGGGAUAUAUUCUCCAGAAGUGGAAUCUGGUAUGUGGGGUAUCAUAAUGGUGAAUACAGAGCAUGUUCUACACCACAUCCAGUCACUGUCCUCUCAGUAGCACAGAAACUCCAGAGGAUCAGAGUGAAGCUCGACUGGGACAGAGGAAAGCUAUCAUUCUCCGACCCUCUCACUAAUAGACACUUAUACACUUUCACACAUACAUUUACUGAUAAAUUACUGCCAUUCCUACGUGUGUUUGGUGAAGAAUCUCCUUUAAAGAGCCUCCCACUUCAGUGCUCUGUAACAGUGAAUCAGGGGUGGGUUUCCCAAAAGCUUCUUCAUUUUGCAUACAGAACCAACAGCUCAACGGAUGACGCCAUCUCCAUUGCCCUCCACACUGUACUGCACCACCUGGAACAACAAGGAGCAUAUGCAUGA